AUGUACAAUUUUGUCAGUUAUCCAAUCGGCGGAGUGAAGCGCGGUUUUUGGAAGCCGAAUAGCACGACGGCCGUUCCUCCCCCAAUUGAUCUCCCAGAUGUGCAGCUGCAGAAUCAUUUAUGGGAGACUUAUGUCAAUGCCCAAAUCUCUUCAUGGAUAGACUGCGAUUCUGAAAAGGAAGAACUAGCUGCAUUGUCCGAGAUUGAAUUGCAAAAGGAGCUCAAUUACUGCGCCUAUAUGGGCCUCCGCAGUGCUGUAUUUCGGCUAAAACAUGCAGAUUCUCCUCGGUUAGCCCGUAUUCUUAAUCAAUGGCUAUGGACAAAGAACGUGAACCUGUGUCUGUGGAUUCUGGUUCCGACUUCAGUUGACGACCUUGUGCGGUUACCAAAUGAUGAGAGAGAUUGUUGGGCUAUUUGGGCAGAUUUUCGGAAACUUUGUUCAAACUUCUCUAGCCAAAAGCUCAUAGCCGGAUUACAUUUAACACCUGAUAUUGACUAUGAAUUUGUUGACAAAAAGCUGAUCUCUCGAUGGAAAGCGGAGCCGUUGGCGACCUUUUGUGUCGAUGUGGGUGCUUUCGUUACUUGCAAGGAUUCACAAGAAUUAUGCCUUCCGCCGUAA